CCUUUCUCUGACGCAUACGUGUUGCGACAGCCUGUGCAGGCGGGGCAUAAAAUCUCGCGAGUAGACGCUGGAGUUGGCUUUGAAAAAUGGCGGACGAGGUAGACCAGCAACAAACCACCAAUACUGUAGAAGAGCCCUUGGAUCUCAUCAGACUCAGUCUUGAUGAACGAAUUUAUGUAAAAAUGAGAAAUGACCGAGAACUUCGAGGCAGAUUACAUGCUUAUGACCAGCACUUAAAUAUGAUUUUGGGCGAUGUUGAAGAGACCGUGACAACAAUAGAGAUUGAUGAAGAAACCUACGAAGAAAUUUAUAAAUCCACCAAGAGGAAUAUUCCGAUGCUAUUUGUCCGAGGAGAUGGAGUUGUACUUGUAGCUCCUCCACUGAGAGUUGGCUGAAACCAUGAAAAAUUAUCAUUUGGAAAAUGCUGGACCUUAGGACAUUGGCUUCUGCUCCCUUUAAACAUUAAGAUUCUGCCCGUAUUUUUACAAGGCUAUCCAACCCUCACUAUGUUGUGAAGGCAUGAGUUCAUUUGGCAAAUAAGUUGAUGUAAGUUUUUUUCUAAGAAUAAUUUAAAUGCAGAUGUCUUGUAUAUCAAAUUAGUGGAUUUAACAUUUUAGUUGCACUUGUGGCCACUGCUCUUUUUUAAAAAUAAAUCUUGUUUGUUGGUU